CUACUUCCGCGUCGCCUUGGUGUACAGUUGUGAUUGGAAGUGGAGUUCAGCGAACUGCCCCCAGUGUAAUGGAAAUAUAGGGGCUCUUAUUUACAGUUUCCACUUUCUAAACAAUCUCAUAAACCCGUGUUUUCUCGUGUAUUCUGGGAGGUCAGUGAACAAACUACUGGACAAGAAGCAAACUAAGGAGAGAGCGAGCUAGCUUUUUAGCUAGCCACUUGGACUGGUGAUCUGUCAGUGGUUGCAGGGAAGCUGGAUGGAAAAUGGAUUUUCUCUGUGAAAUAGUUCAAGCCCUCGUCGCAUUAGCAGCUUUAGGUUUCAUUGUGGUGCUCAUAAUAGCACAUUUAUCUGCAGGCAUGGUGAACCUGAAGCGCCACGAGAAGGAGAAAUACUUCCUCACCGCCACGGGAGAGAAGGAGCUCUUCCCCAGCCUUCAAGAUCCCCACUCCAGGGAGCUGUCUGUUGUGAUCCCGGCCUACAACGAGGAGCUCCGAAUGCCUGUGAUGCUGGAUGAAGCUAUGGAGUACUUGGAAAAGAGACAAAAACAAAACCCUUCUUUCACCUACGAGGUCAUCGUGGUUGAUGAUGGCAGCAAAGACAAAACCACUGAGGUCGCUUUACGCUACACUAGGAAGUACAGCGCAGAUAAAAUGCGGGUCCUGACGUUGGUGGAGAACAGGGGAAAAGGAGGAGCUGUGCGGAUGGGAACUCUGAGCUCCAGAGGGAAAUUCAUUCUGAUGGCAGAUGCUGACGGAGCCACAAAGUUCUCUGACAUUGAGAAAGUGGAGGCUGGACUUAAUGACCUCAACCCCAGACCGGAGAACAUGGCAAUCGCAUGUGGUUCCAGAGCUCACCUAGAGAAGGAGUCUGUAGCUCAGCGAUCUAUGUUUCGUACAUUCCUUAUGUAUGGCUUUCACUUCCUGGUGUGGUUCUUUUGUGUGAGAGGGAUCAAAGAUACACAGUGCGGCUUCAAGCUUUUUACACGUGAGGCUGCACUCAAGACCUUCUCCUCUCUCCAUGUCGAGCGGUGGGCGUUUGAUGUGGAGCUCCUGUACAUUGCCCAGUGUUUUAAAAUCCCCAUAGCAGAGGUGGCAGUCAACUGGACUGAAAUAGAAGGGUCCAAGCUGGUCCCGUUUUGGAGCUGGCUGCAGAUGGGACGAGACCUGAUUUUCAUUCGUCUGCGCUACAUCACAGGAGCCUGGAAACUGCAGUCAACUCAAAAGACUGAUUAGCCAAUCAGAUAAGCCCUCGUGUCAUAGAGACAGCCUAUGAUAGAGCCAUCAAGCCUUUGGAUGAGGUGGGAUUACAACUGUGUCCAUCAUUCACUGUAAUCGCAAAGUAUCAGCUCUUCUCCUUUCUCGACAUCACUGGACGUGAAGUCAUGGCACAGUUGUAGGUUCCUCAUGGUUCUGCCUUUUUUAUGUGCAUAUUGGUAUGCCAUGGCCACGGUUACACAUACAUUUCUGUUGCCACAGUUUACAGAAUGUAGGACUGAUUCAUGUACUAAGUUACUUACUGUUUAUUUUGUGCCCAAUCAACUGUAAGUGAGGACGAUUUGUGGUGAAAUGUGACGGAUCUGAUCAUCUGUGUGUCAAGAUUCUCACAUGAAGAAUGAAUGUUGUUAUAUGAAAUUUGCAAAAGGGAGGGGAUUUUAUUUUGGAGAAAACAUGGCUGUGGGUUGAAGAGCUGGAUAGCUUAAAUGACUUGAACCAAAAUAAAAAUUUUAAGAAGUCA